AGUUCAAAACUGAAGCGGCGCCUUAGUUCAGGAAAACACCUAACUUUAGACGACCCUGCGACCCUGAGUUAUUUGGGAUUUCACCUUGGAUUUGGACUGAAUUUAGCAUUUAACCACAAUGUCUUCAGCGAAAAAAAAGCAGAUUUACUAUUCCGACAAGUAUUCCGACGAGGAAUACGAGUACAGACAUGUUAUGCUUCCCAAGCAGCUUUCCAAACUGGUGCCGGACUCCAAUUUAAUGUCAGAGGAGGAAUGGAGAGGACUGGGAGUCCAGCAAAGUCAGGGCUGGAUCCAUUACAUGAUCCAUAAACCAGAGCCUCACAUUCUGCUUUUCCGAAGACCGCUUCCCAAGGAAUGAGAUUUCAAGAUUGUCAUCGGAAGUUAAACUACUUGGUAGACUCUGACCAUGCGUGCAUUUCUUUCCAUAUGUUGUGAUUUGUAUAUAAGCUUUAUUAUUUGCAGAUCUAUGGCAAUGAAAUGUUACUCCUCCUUCCCAUCCCCCUUUCAUUCGGAGAUCUGAUGGCAACAGGAGCCCAGAGGGGAACGGGCUGCCUCCUCCAAAGUGUUAAAAAGUGUUAGAUCUACACUUAAGUCACGUAAAAUGAGUUGGAUGGUGUUUCAGGUCUAGUAAAUCGCCCCUGCCGUGAAUAGAAGGAAUAGUUUUUGUUGUACACUACGAUGAUUUUUGUUGCUGAACUGCUGUUGUUAACAUCUCCAACUUGUAUGUUGAGCAGUCAACGUUUGUUUGUUACUCAUUUGUUGUAGACAAAUCAAUAAAUAUUAUUUUUAUUAGCUCAUUUGCAUCCUAAUUUGUAAUCUGUGUAAUGUGACAUUAAAUAAUGUACACAAAAGCAACAGCAUAUAUUCAGGGUUCCCAUAGGGAAUUGCAUUUAUUUUUAAUUGAUAUCACACUCACAAAAAA